AUGCCACUCGACACCCUCUCCACCUACGCUCAAACCCACCUCCGCAUCGACGGCCGCCGCUGGAACGAGCUCCGCCUCCUCACCUGCGCCGUCUCCACGCAGCCCUCCUCCGAUGGCUCCUCCCUCUUCACCAUGGGCAACACCAUGGUUGUCUGCACCGUCACCGGCCCCCGCGAAUCCAGUCGGGGCGCCAGCCGCGACAAUACACAAUCUACUGUCGAGACCGAGAUCACGAUUGCACCGUUUGCGACGACCGAUAGGCGGAAACGCCCGCGCAACGACAAACGCCUCCUCGAGCUGCAGACCACAAUCAGCAGUGCUUUCCAAGCACACCUCUACACGCACAUCUACCCGCGCUCCACCAUCUCGAUCGCACUACACGUUCUGAGCCUAGACGGCAGCUUACUAGCAGCAUGUCUCAACGCCGCCUCCUUAGCACUGGUUGACGCGGGGAUCCCAAUGCCGAGCGUGCUGAGUGCGGUGACGAGUGGGGUUAUUGUUGAUCCGGACAGGGACGAUGCGACGGCAGAGGGAGUGCUCGACUUGAAUAAUGCGGAGGAAAAUGAACUGCCUUUCUUGACGGUGGGGACGGUCAAGGCUGUUGAUGAUGGGGACGGCGGAGAGGACAAAGUGAGCGUGUGUAUGAUGGAGACUAGGGUGCCGGGAAGUAGGCUGGAGCUGAUGCUGGCGACGGCGGUGGAUGGUUGUCGGGUCGUGAGAGGCCGAAUGGAGGCUGAGGUUCGGCAGCAGGGGAUAAAAGUGUUGAAGGGCCAGAGUGGCUGA